AUGCUAUCACAAGCAAAUACAGCUCAAGAUAUCAAUAUCUUGGCCGAAUAUCUUAGCGACCAGGAGGUGCAAGACCUAGCAUCAUCUCCCUCGGUCGACUGCCUUGUCAUCUGCGCGUCGGCGAUCCUUUACCAAGCCGAACAUUUGUUUCAGGUACUACAAGAGCGACCAUCCUUGAGCAAAUGUCUCGUUCUCUGUGGUGGUGUCGGUCACUCCACCACAUUCAUGUACGAUGCUGUCGCACAACACCCUCGCUUUUCCCGGAUAGCAAAAGAUGUCUACCGUCUUCCCGAAGCUCGUAUCUUGGAGAAGAUCUUGGAUACUUUUUUCGAUCGAUCGACGAUUACCGAGGGAGGUUGUAAGAUAUUGGUCGAGGAUCAAUCUACCAACUGUGGUCUAAAUGCCUCGCUGAGUCGAAAAGUCCUUGCUGAAGCGGGAUUCCAAGCGCUUAAGACCUGCAUUAUUAUUCAAGAUCCUACUAUGAUGUUGCGCACGAAAGCUUCUUUUCAAAAGGCCUAUGGGGAUAUGCUGCCACCUCCAUCUUUCAUAAGUUAUCCGGCAUUCGUCCCGCACUUGCACAAGUCAGAGGAUGGCAAGUUGGAAUAUCAGGAUUCAUUACUAGGAGUGGCUUUGUGGCCGCAGGAGCGAUUCUUGGAACUAAUAUUGGGGGAGAUCCCCAGACUGAGGGAUGAUGAGAAUGGAUAUGGGCCGAGGGGAAAAGGUUUUAUCCCUCAUGUAGAGGUUCCAGUCCAGGUUGAAGAAGCAUGGUCACGACUACGGAUGGUUUCAAACACGUCUCGAUGA